UCGUUAAUUACUUACUCCGCAAAACAACGCUUACGUCCUUCUUAGAUGGACAAACCGACCACUAUAAAAGAAGCGAUAAAAAGAUGGGAAGAGAAAACUGGACAGAAGGCAUCAGAGGCUAAAGAAGUUAAAUUAUACGCUCAAUACCCUCCUAUCGAAAAAACCGAUGCAUCUUUAUCAACACUAACGGCAUGCGAAAAACUAUCCUUAUCAACAAAUUGUAUAGAAAAGAUUUCUAACCUUAACGGACUGAAAAAUUUAAAAAUAUUGUCAAUCGGAAGAAAUAAUAUUAAAAACUUGACAGGGUUAGAGGCAGUUGGAGAAACAUUAGAACAACUAUGGAUCUCCUACAAUCUCAUUGAAAAACUGAAAGGUGUGGGUGUAUUGAAAAAACUAAGAGUGUUAUAUAUGUCCAACAAUCUUGUAAAGGACUGGAGUGAAUUUCAGAAGCUCUCAGACUUACAAAAUCUGGAGGAUCUGGUUUUUGUUGGCAACCCCCUGGAAGAAAAUAGUGGGGAUAACUGGCGCGAAGAAGCAUGUCGUAGACUUCCACGUCUCAAGAAGCUUGAUGGGGUGCCUGUCCUUCACGAUGAUGCGGAUGAAGACUGAAGUCAAGGUUCAACUACCUCGAACGUUCCGCUUAAAUUAAACCAAUGCCUUCAUCUUACAUGUCCGCUUGACCCAGUAUGCCCAAACUGGUAAACUCUCAAUACUUGCACUACAACUUGUUUUUUAUGG